AUGUGGGGCGGCAGCGUGCCUCUCUCGUGGUGUCGGUACCGCUCGGAGACCUGGCGGGGAAAAAGAGAUGGUGAAGGGGCUGGGGGCAGCGGAGCCAGGGCGGCGGAGCCCGCGGGGACUUACCUCUCUCCCGUACAGCGGCAGGGGUUGGAAGGGGUUCAAGGCGAUGAGGAUGUCCCCGAUGUCGGUCUGGUGGAGAGCGGAGAGUCCGUCAGCCUAGCGCCCGCCACCGCUGCCCCCUGCCCCGGCCCCCAUCACUCACGUAGACCUGAUGCCGCAGGAAUCGCUCCUGCAGCCUGUCCAGCAGCACCGCCUCGUCCAGCUCCGCCAGUACCGCCAAGUUCCCGUCCGCCCCGAUCAGCGGACCACGCUCCCCCACGGACACCAUGCUGCACACUUUCCAGCGCCAACAGCACCACCCUCCCCCUCCACCGCCUCUCUCCCUGGUCCCGCUCGACCCCACUCUCGCUCCGCCCCGGCCCGCCCUCCGGGGCAGGGCUGCCGUUUGAACGCGGGGCGGCGGCGACUAGCAGAUUGGUUACUUUACUGUACCCUGAAGCUGUCAUGAGUGACUUGUCUGUGCUGUUCAUGAUUGGAGCAAAUACUGUGGAAGAGCAGAGGGCUCGCUGGGAGAGAAAGCGCAGCCGGACAGCAAAGGAGCUGCUAGUAACUGAAUACAAAUACCUGGAGCAGUUGGAUUUGGUGGUCACAUUCUUUGUGAAGAUUUUAAAGGCCAAGGGAACGCUGAAUCCUGCCGUUUUGGAAACCAUAUUUGGACCCCUGGAAUCCAUAUAUUUGGCCAGUCAUGUUCUCUCACUUCAGCUGGAAAGAGGGAAUUUGGGGCCAGGACUGGAAAAUUUCUGUCCAAAUCUGGAGCUUUAUGGCCACUAUGCUGAGAAUUUGGAGCAGGCAAAUACAGCCUUGAAGGAGCAACUGAAGAAAAAUAAGUCGUUUAGACAGUUUAAGAAACUCCAGGAAACUCGACCUCAGUUUCAAGGGAGAAAGCUAGAGGAUCUGCUUCCUUUACCCCUGCAGAGGCUGCACCAGUACAGGCAUUUCCUCAGAGACUUGCUGGAGAACACUAGGCCAGGCUGUGCUGACCACCAGAUACUUGCAAAGGCUGUGAAAUCUGUUUCUGAGGUAUCUUGGUGGGUCCAGGACAUCUUUCGCAACAGAGAGAACUCCUUGCAGCUACUUCGGGUUCAGAAACUGCUCAAAGGACAAAAGACUCAGGUUUUGACUCCAGGGCGCUGGUAUAUCCGGGAAGGCUGGCUUUUGGUGGUGCCUUCAAAGGGAGAAGAACUGAAGCGCAGGAUGUUUUUCCUUUUUUCUGAUAUCUUCAUUGCAACUAAGCCCUGCCACCCGCUGCACCCACGGAACUCGAACAAACUGGCGUGCCAGGCUGUCUACCCGCUUCACCAGUGCAGAGUGAAUAAAGUGUUUGGCCACACACAAAGCCAGGGAGGGCUCCUCAGUCUUUCUUUUCCGCACAAGACACUAUUGUUGAUGUCCAGUGACCAAGACGACAUUAAUGAUUGGUAUCAGUGUCUCACAGCUGCAGUCAGAUGGGAUAGGCAAGAUAGAAGAGGUGGUGUGGUGGCCCUGUAUGUCAUGGAGUGUUUUGACUACGGUGAUGGUAGGGUGGUAUGGCCAGUUGAUGAUGUGUACCCAGUCCCCUCUGAGCUGGAAGAUAGGGAUAGGAAGCAGAAUGAAGCCCCCAUAACCCAAGAAGAGAUGGGUGGGGGUGUAGUGGUCCGGGACGGGCGGUGCACACAGGUUACCACGGUUCCCUCGCUCGGCGAUCGGUUCCAUCACUCGGCGAUCGGUUGGGCAACAGUGGCAGUCCACAGUGAAGCGCUCGGAAAUGCCAGUUCGAGUCCUGGGUAA